AUGGAUGUGAACUUUGAUGAAGGUGUAGAGCUUGCGGUGAAUCUGCGAUAUGAUAGACUGGUGGGUUUUUGUAGGCUGUGUGCUCGCUUGACACAUGAUCAAUCACGGUGCCCAACUAAGGUGCAGGAGGUGCAAGAGGUUAAGGAGGAGAGACCGCUCUCUGAUCAUGGGCCGAAACCACUAAGUUACAAAGCGGCAGUUGGAAAUGGUGAAGGUAAUGUGGGAGGUGCCGAUACACGAACCAGAGGUGUCAAGGAGGACAUCAAGGGGAAGGGCAUUGCUAGAGAGGGACAAGGACCAUAUAGAAAUGAGGGGCGCACAAGGGGAAAAUUUGGAGGUGGCUAUGGAGAAGGACCUCCUCGUAGACAGUAUGGUUAUGGAGCACCCAGGGAGGACCAGAGGCGUUUUGCUAUCAACACAAGAGGCGUGCAACAGUUAAGAGAUGGGGCAGGGGAUGCGCUUCCUCAUCCUCAGAAGCUCAUGAUGGAUGCUUUUAAAGGUGCUCACCAACCACCAAGGAAGAGCCAAGAGACGAGGAAGCAAGAGGGGAGCUCAGGUACCCGAAAAGCUCUUCUUUUUGAGGACUCUGUGGCAAUGGUGGGAUUGGAAGAAGGAGAAACAUCACAAGACAGGAAGGAGGUGGAAGAGAGACAAGUGGAUGUAGACAAGGAGUUGAAAGAAGUGACAGGGGAAGCAAAGGAUGUUGUGGAUGAUGCUAAGCAACAAAUCUCCCCAUUGGAUGAGGCGAAUUUAGUGGUGGAAGGAGUGCUAUUGUCGGAUUCUGAGCUUCUGGAUGAAGAGUGGGAAGAGGGUGAAGUUCCAGACUUUAUGGAGGACAUGGAAAUGGGGCCUCUGGUUGCAGAGGGGGUGGGGAACGAGGAUACUGAGGUUGCUUCAAUCCCUACUGGUGAUGAAGAGGGAGCUGGACCAAAGGCGACAAAGAAGAAAGGAGCCAAGGGUGGGACUGGUGGAGGUGCUGCGGGGACACGCCUAGUGCACAAGUUGCUAUCUCCAAGGAAGACAAAGAUUGCUAAAGCACCGGUGAAGAAUGGAGAGGGGAAGAAGGCUGGAAACAAGCCUUAA